AUGGUCGUGAGCGUGAAGCGUGUAUGCACCAAUGUUGGCGGCGCCACUUUCAAAGGUAUCCUCUGUUCUUUUUUCAUGACUAUAUGUAUAAACCGAUAAAAAAACUCUCUGGAACUUCUUCUUAUUCAAUAAUAAGUUUUAUUUGCGUGAGUUUUAUUUUUGGAAGCACUUGGUUUCAUAAUAAAAUGUGCUGGAUAUCGAGUUCCGCAGUGAUUUUAAGUCUACAGAUUAUUACUUUUUGAUAUUUAUUUUGCAAACCAGCAUAUCUGUAUUUCUCAUAUAUGGACUUAUUCAUCAAUUUUUUUCCAUAAACUUAAGUUUAUAGGGAGCAGAAAAGUUUCGAAGUUCUAAUCAAUUUAAUGUGUUUAAAGUACCGUUGAACAUAAAAAAGGCUAUGAAAACGAAAAAGUUUUUUUUUGUGGUCAACUCCCAAAAUCAAAGAAAAAGGAUGAAAAAAAGGGAAAGUAUCGAUAAAAGACUUGAAAAAGUCACAAAGUCUGUUUUACUUAGCGGCAUAAUCUGAAGGAUCAUUGGAUCGAGUACUCUCCUUUGAGUCGUUUACCGCCUUUUUUGCGUCUGCCGUGCAACAUUUUGGGGUCGUCUGAUUAGGGGUCCUCCAACUUUCGACGGCUUUCUUUGUACUCGAGUAGGUGCUCUGUCGCAAGUCUUAACCCUUCAUACCAUUUUGCAAUGUUUCUCUUCUUUGCCCUAUUAUAAUAACGGUACCAGAUUUUUUCGGACCUUCACGGUUUUCUGAUCUUUUUUCAAACUUUCCUGCUUUCUUAAAUAAUAUUCGGUUAAAAAAGUCCGGCAGAUGAAGUUCGCUACAAAAAACAUAAUCCACGAAAGUAGCAUAAUGAAGUCUUCUCGUUUAAAAACUAAAAAAAAAUUUUGGAGCCAGUUUGCAAUGAUGGGUGUUGGUGUUUGCAGUCGCCGAUCUCCUUUUAAACCAUUUUUUUCGAUCCAUCGGGAAAAUUCUCCUCAUUUUUUUUGCUGUUGAUUGCCUUUCUUAUUUUUUAGGGUAGUACAAAUAUAAUAAUUUGGUGUUUAUCAGUGAUUUUUUUUCACAACUUCGUCAUGAAAACUUCGCGAAACUUGAUUGAUGAAGACGGAAAAUAAGAAUCGCCGAAAAAGAAUGAGACCCGCUAGUUUUUUUGUUGAGGAAGCUGACUUUUUAUUAAUUUCGUCUGAAGAGAACAUUUAUUUCUUGAUCAUGCACUUGAAUUCCCCAAAUCAAAAAAAAGUUUAUUUGGAAUCUAAAAAACAACGGAGUAUUCGUUUCUUUUCCAAAUUUCAACCAACUUAUUUGGUCAUAAGGUUUUGAGAUAGAUUUUUUCUUAGUUUUCUAUCGCGUCGUACUACUUUUUUAAGUGAAAAUAGACUUGUGUAACUUUGCAGGUAAUUUUUCUUCGCAUUCUCGUAGGAAAAAAAAAAUCGGACAACGAUUUUCGACGGGAUUUUUUUCGACUAUCAUCAAUACUCCUCGGAAGUGAGUUCUUCUUGGCUUUUGCUAAUUGAAAAUCCCUUUUGCAGACAUCAGGGUCGAGCUAGUGAUCUCAUUGCUCAAAGCUUUGGGAGGGCGUUCAAAGUCGCCUUCGAUGCGCUCCAAGACCGCGAGAGCUUCUUCAAAGACUCCGGAGCCAACAAUCUCCGCGGAAGGAAAAAAGAACUGAGGGAAAAAGGACACGGUGGUGAGUUCUUUUAAAUAUUCUAUAUAUCUUUUCACGUAGGAAAACUCUUUUCAAUGCGUGCUGGAUUAACUCAUUUUUGCACGGCAAAGUCCAUUUUUCAGCAAAGUUCAAUUAAUGAAGGAUUUCCUUUUCAACUAAGUGAUUCAAAUUAUACCUCGAAAACUAUUUAUUAUUCCCCUCUCAUCCAAAAGUAUUCGAAGCAGGGGUGUUCUCGGUUCCACCACCCUUCGUAGUCGGUUACUCAAAUAUUGCUUUUUUCUCGCUUCUCGAACAGGGGGAAAAUCAUAAAUAAUAAUAUAAGUGAAUCGCCGUAAAAAUUGGAUAGAGAACGAAAAAAACUUUUUUUUGCAGCGACGAACUUCAACGCAGUCAAAGUCGCCUUCGAUGCGCGCCACGACCGUGUUAUCGCGGUCGCGAGAGCUUCUUCAGAGACUCCGGAGCCAACAAUCUCCGCGAAAAGAAGGAAGAAGAAAGGAAAAAAGUGGUGAGUUCCUUUAGAUAUUCUAUACAUGUUUUAACGUAGGAAAACUCGUUUUAUUGCGUGUUGGAAGAAUUGUUUCAGCCGAACUAUUUUUUCACAACUUUUUCUUCUCUUCAACCUUCGAUUUUUCAUAUUUUUUGGAGAAAGACGAGUUGAUGAGAAAAUCACUUCUAUUUUCUUCGAAACGAAAUUCGAAUGCCGAGACAAGAGCGAAACCCCCAUUUUUCGCGUUUUUCCAAGCAGCUGUUCUAUCAAUCAAUAGAGUUUUCUAAUGGGUAAGAAUGUAUGGUUGAUGAUCUAAACUGCUUCCUGUCGUUAUGUAAUAUUUCAAAAUACUCGAAAAAACAAAACUGCUUGUCGUCAUGAAAUAUUUCAAAAACAUUUUGAAAAAAAAUGGGAAAGCACGCGGAAAUGGAGCUCCUGCUCUGUACCAAAACUUGAUCGAAAACGAUUUCUUAAUUUCAAACAUUGUUUUUGUUUCAGACAUGCUGGUAGGGAUGGUGAUAAUCCACCUCUCGCGGAAACCUACUGCAAGUCGCCUCUCCGCGAGAAAGAGCGCGACAGCGACAAAGUGUCGCGGUCGUGUGAAGUGUCGCGGUCGCGUUUUUUGGAUUUUCGGAAAAGCAUAAGAGAGAUGAUGUUCACCAAAAACCCUUUUUCUUUCAGAGAUUUUGGUCGAGAUGGUGAUCUUUCUCCUCGAGCGGAGAGAAAAUUGGCCUUUAUCGGCGGCUUUGGAUCACUAGAAACACAGGUAAAAUAUCGAAUUUUGAUUGGAGAGCUAACGAAAGCAUCAGGAAAUGACAAAUCUUGUUCCAUCAGAAGAUUUUUUGAAAAUAACAUGAUUUUUUUUUCGCGCAACUUACAAGUUACAGACUCAAUUUGUACGGCGAAUGAAUUUGUCUUGCGGCGGAAGCAACUCCUCGCUCAUCCCGUUUUCCUAUGGAGCAGAGAAUCCAAAGUGAGCAUUUCUUCAACUUCUUUCGACCAUCAGUUAUCGGAACCUCUCAAACGUGGAUACAAUGACAGUAGGAUAAUUAGAUAAAAAGCUUUUUCCAAUUUCAGAUGUUGGUCGAGAUGGUGAUGUUUCACCUCUAAAGGUGCGAAGAAGGAGCUGUACGAUGACUUCAGGACCCGAGAAGAAAUUCAAGUAAGAUAUCGGAUUUUCAUCCAUGUUAAAGUAAGAAACAUGAAAAAUCUCUUUUUUCUCACGAAGAACUUUUGAAAACCGCGCUGAAUAGAUUAUUGUCCGUUAUUCUUCUGAAUAUUUGGAAAUUCAGUCAAUUCGUACUCGUAAUAUCCGGCCGGUUGGACGGAUUCGCCGGCAAGUGUCGACCGUCCGAAGCUCUGUGA